AGAGUGUAGUGACGCUGAGGUUUCCUCACUGUGUGUGUUGUGCUGCUGUGCGGUUGACGAGUGUCUGAAGGUGAAGCAGCGCUGCUGUACACACACUAAAGCUCUUGUCUUCCUCCACUGGAGACUCUUCAGAACCUGGACAGCUCCGCGAGUCCGUUUAACAGUCGGCUUUUUGGCAAGAAGUGCGAAUAAAACAACAUGUAGCUUCUUAAAAAGUGCCGUACUACCCGAAAGCGUCCAGCGACCAAACUUUUGCACCGGGAGAGUAUCGUUAUCACCCUGAUGAGUGGAUUACCGUCGACUGCGGCAAACUGUUCCCUACAGGAGUCCAUGGUGCCGUCAAGCUCAUGCGGGGGUUGGAGGAGAACGAGACUUGUCGUGGAUUUAACCGCGUAACAACACGACAUGUUAACGGACUGCUGAAUGAACUGCGCUUAUUUUCUCUAGAGCAGCAUAUGUCCAAUAUAUACAUAACUGAGUGAAAUAUUCAUGGAUUAAUCUACAAAUCACAUAUUGCAGCAAACAGGAUGUCAGUAAACGUGUCUCUCCUGUCAGCGAGUCCCACGAGCAUUUGGGAAAACUCCUCUCUGCUGAACGCCUCCUUUCCUCGAUUUGCCUCUGACUGGGAGACACCGACAUUCACUGUUGCUGCUCGCUUCCGUGUGGUGGCCACCCUGGUGCUCUUCAUCUUCGCAGCCAUCAGCAACCUCUCAGUGCUGAUCAGCGUGACCAGGGGACGAGGACGCCGCCUGGCCUCCCACCUGAGGCCGCUCAUUGCCAGCCUGGCCUCCGCUGACCUGGUCAUGACUUUUGUAGUGAUGCCACUCGACGCCAUAUGGAAUAUCACAGUGCAGUGGUAUGCCGGCGACGCCAUGUGCAAGCUCCUCUGCUUCCUCAAGCUCUUCGCCAUGCAUUCGUCAGCAUUUAUCCUGGUGGUGGUGAGUCUGGACAGGCACCAUGCAAUCCUGCACCCACUAGAAGCUUUGGAUGCCGGUCGCAGGAACAGGAGGAUGCUGCUGGCUGCCUGGAUCCUCAGCAUCCUGCUUGCCUCUCCACAGUUAUUUAUUUUCAGAGCAAUUAAGGCUGAAGGAGUUGACUUUGUGCAGUGUGUAACACAUGGAAGCUUCCAGCAGCGCUGGCAGGAAACAGCCUACAACAUGUUCCACUUUGUCACCCUCUAUGUGUUCCCUCUACUGGUAAUGAGCUUCUGCUAUACUCGAAUCCUCGUGGAAAUCAACCGCCAGAUGCCUCGUGGUAAAGGAAAGGGUGGGGAACCUUGUCUGAGACGCAGUGGAACUGACAUAAUCCCGCAGGCACGCAUGAAGACCCUGAAGAUGACCAUCAUCAUUGUGGCAUCAUUUGUGGUGUGCUGGACGCCGUACUACCUGCUCGGCAUCUGGUACUGGUUCCAGCCUCGAAUGCUGCAUUUGAUGCCGGAAUACGUCCACCACGCCCUCUUCGUCUUCGGCAACCUCAACACGUGCUGCGACCCGGUCAUCUAUGGUUUCUUCACACCCUCGUUCCGAGCGGACAUAGCCAGCUGCUUCUGCAGAAGGAACCAAAACUCUUCUCCUAAAUCACUGACUCGACUCGCCGCAAGGAGAGGGGGCGCGAGCGGAGAAGCCGAGUCGGACCUCGGAAGUGGUGACCAGCCCAGCGGACAACAAGCAUAGAGGGUCAAGACACCUCAGUGAGCUAAAGUUACAAUUUGAGGUGUGGAUUUUGCCCUCUGAACAAAAAAAUAUGGAGCUUUCACUCUGUUUUCCAGACAUCUAUAUAUCGUUCCUGUCGAGCGGAAACCUUGUCUCUCCAUAUUUUUAUUUUUUUCAUAAAUCAUUAAUAUUGGUCGCCCUUUACGGCUGUCAGUGGGUUUUGCAAACAUUUAACUAAUGAAAAGUAUUAAACAGAGCUUGUGACUGAACCUCGUAACUCCAUUGGAUCCUCAAACUGUCAGUCAAAACUCCACCCGCCUCUAUCAUAUAGUGAAUGAAGUGCUGCACACAUUUUGGAGCAUCUCUGCUUGUAUGCAAUGCAAGCGUGAAUAAAGAACUGUUUGUUUAAAGUAAUGCGAUUUCUUUACUCAAGAAACACUAUAAUAUAUAUAGUGUUUCUUGAGUAAAGAAAUGUCUUAGGGCCCUAAUUUAACGAUCUAAGCUCAUGGUCUGAAGCUCAUGGCGCAGGUGCACUUAGGGCAUUUCCGAAUCCACUUUUGCUACUUUAACAACAGGAAAAACGGUCGGCGCGCCAGGUGCAUGGUCCAAAAGGGUUGUACAUAGUCUCUUAAUGAGUCAUGGGUGUGUUUUGGGCGUAACGUGCAAUAAACCAAUCAGAGUCUCAUCUCCCAUUCCCUUUAAAAGCCAGUUGCGCUUGCACCAUAGUGGACUCGCUAUUUAAAUGGUGAAAUUUGCAAGCAGAAAGACUUCUCCAGAGAGGAAUCCUUUUAUUUUUAAUAUUGCGCGUCCCAUUGUGUGCAACAAGCAGAGUGUAUGCACAUAUAGGCACAUAUUAUUAAUGCACCCUUUAAAUAACAAAAAAAAACUUUAGAGCAGGUUGGUCAAUGGCACAGUCGUUUUCAGUUGCCUCAAAAUAGCAACACGCCAACAAUGCGCCUGAACACACCUCGUUUUCAGACCAGCAUGCCCAAUGGCGAACAGAUGGGUGCAAGUGCAUUUGCAAUUAAACAACGUGGGCGCUAGACAUUAAAAUGAUAACUACACCAGGCUGAAACUAGCAAAAAACACUUGCGUCAUGCCUGGCUUUGCAUUGCGCCGGGUUUAUGAUAGGGCCCUAUAUAUAUAAAGGCUAAUGUUGUAUGUAUAUGAGGAGCAGAGAAGAGUGUCUUUAGCAUUUGUUGUCGAGUCACAGCCAAUACUGUCUUAAACAGCCUGUGUGAAGCACUUCAUCUUUUGAUCAUGACAUGAGAUUUUAGCCAAAUGACAGAAAAAACUGAGCAUCCACAUAGUUGCAAUAGACAUUAUAACCUGUAGGUUGACGAAAAUGUAAUACGAUGCACUUACUGCCUCAGAUGCGGCCAUUCUAAUGAUGGACAACAACAUUUACUGUAGCUCCAUUUCAGCUUGAUUUUGGUAUAAUGUUAAUAAAAAUGACACACGCAAGUGUCUGACCAUAUAAAGCCACAAUAUCAACUUAAACACUGUGUUGUCAGUGUUUUUUCCAUUUCCUGAAAAGUAGCAGUUUUGUACAUACAAGGUUUCCGCCCGACAGCGGAGAUAUGCUGCUGAUGGUGUCUUGUAUUUAUGGUUUGUGCAACUAUGAUGCAUUUGCUUGAAUUGGACUUGAAUGCACUUACUAUUGAACAUGGAACAGCAACAGUAUCACAUUGUGUUUUCAAGCUUAGAUCUUCUAGAAAGAUGUAACAACAGGUAAAUUUGAAUGUAAAAGAUCAAAUAGCAGCACAAUAUCUCAGGCAAUACCUUGAAUGUGAGAUAUUUGCCUGUCUGGAACAGGGUAAUAAAUAUACAGUGCCUCAUUAAUGGACCACAAGCAUAACAGCUUACGUGUUUGGAAUCAGUUGAUGAUGAUCUCGAAUUAAUUAUAGCUCAGAGUUCAGAGCGACAACCCAGUUAAAAGCUUCUCUGACACAUUGCCCAUCUAACACUUCCUCUCCGCUUCCUGUUUAGGAAUGUGGCUUAAUGUUUUAAAAUGGCCUUAGCACAUGAAUCAUUCAUUCAAAUGUUCAGGCUUACACACUGUGUUUAUCUGUGGAAUCGCCAUAGACGUGUUUCACUGAAUUCACUCAUUCUUGUGUGCGGUGUAUUGUGGUGAUGAUAUUGCAUGGCUCUCCAGAAAAUCUUUGUUGUGUGUGAUUGUGAUUAAAAAUUAAUGUGGAUAGACCAUCCAGCCUUAAAGGGAUAGUUCACCCAAAAAAUAAUAAUUCAACCCAUGUUGUUGAAAACAACACUUCUUCACACUACUUGUUUCCAUACAAGUACAGUUUAUGGUGACCUGUCGAGCUCAAAAAGCUUCAUGUUUUUAUAAUUUCAUAUUAUUCACACCAUAUUCCAAGUCUAUUAUGUAAGUCAUUAUUCAUUCUCAAAUCAAAUAAUUGACAAAACAUAUUGUUGAACAUCAGUAUCAUCGAAAGUCUCUGGCAAUAGCAAAUAUGCAAAAUAUUUGAGAGCUGGAUUGCAUAAAUGUUUUUAUUUAAAGAGGACCUGUUAUUCUCUUUUACAGAGUUUUGUUUUUGGGCUCUACUAGAACAGGUUUUCAUGCUUGAAUGUUCAAAAAACACCUUAUUUUUCACGUAUUUGACAUUGUUGCACUCCUCUGUUCCCAGUCUGUCAGUAACACUCUUAGUUCCCGUCUCUAUGAAGCCACUCCUUUUGAAAAGCACAAUGUGCUCUGAUUGGUUGGCUGGACCAUUGUGUUGUGAUUGGUCAACCCCUUCAAGCGUGUUUGAGAAAUGUCACACCCCUUUCCAUAGCUAUGAGUUUUAACACACUACUAACUAACUCAACCAGACCCUGCCCCUUUAUUUUGCGUAUUGCUUGGGCGGGAAUUAUUUAAAUGAGUAAUAUUGUGACGUGUUCGUUCGUGGAAGAAAACUCAAGACUGCAAUGGAGGCGUUUCAGGGAGUUCAGAAACAGUGACACUGAUAUAAAGUCCCGCUGGAGGGACUUUGUGCUUUGUAACUUUGAGGAUGUUUUUCAUGCUCAAACAGCAACAUUAGACACUAAAGAAAGACGAACUUGUAAAAAAGCAUAACAGAACCCCUUUAAGAAAGAGUAAUGGCUUAAAUUUUGGUUGGAGCUCUAUAUGGUCACUGAACUGUUGUAUGUAAAACAGCUGUGUAAAGAAUCAAUUUUCAUUUUGUGCAGCAAAAAACAGCAAAAAUAACAUCAUACGGUUUGGAAUGAGAUUAUUGAGAAAAUAAUGAGAGAAGCUUUUUGGGUGAACACUUCCAUUGAUUUAAGGAUCUGAAUGAAUGUGAUUGCUUUUGCAAUGUGCUUCACAGUUGGUCAACAGUAUGUAUAACAGUAUGUAUAUAUGUAUUUAUAUAUAUAUAUAUAAAGAAAA